UCACUUUCCAUCCUGCUUUAAAACAAAACACUAAGUUUUUCCUCCUCUGGCCUGAUAUCUCCUCUCCUCACUUCUUCAUCUCCUCACUAUGUGGAGACCAGCUUUGCUCCUAUGGAUGCUUAAUAUCAGCAACUUGUGCUCCGGAGACGACUACACAGACUAUUACUCAACUGGAGACAUGGGCACUGAGGCUCCAGUGUUUGACAACCAGCCCAGCAUUGAGACGGUAAAGACUGUGGAUGAGCUCCUACAGCUUCUGUACCCUGAAUACAGUUUGCUUCAGCGCUGCUUGAGCAGGAAAUCGUGGCAGUCGUCGUCUCCGUCAUCCCCCUACGUUUCUAGCACCUCGCCGAGUCCCGCGGCCUACUCUAACGAUGAGGACCUCUGGGGUCAGCCACGGAGCGGUGCUCUUUACAAAAUUGACGGCACCUUGGCAGUCAUUCUUGAGGAGAUCAAGCGGACCUCCUGCCAACCCAGAGAGGUGUGCGUCGAGGUCGCCAAGGAAUACCCAGAAUCCACCAGUCAAUUCUACCUCCCUCGAUGUGUGGCACUGCAUCGGUGCGGUGGAUGCUGUCCCAACGAGGCCUAUUACUGCACAAAUACAAGUCACUCCUUUGUAAAUAAAACACUGAUGGAACUGUCCCCUCCCAGGAUGGAACGCUCCGCCGUCAUGGUAACCUUCGUCAACCACACCUCGUGCGACUGCCUCUCCAAGCGGCCUCUCCACUCGAUCAUAAGGCGAGCCACAACAGAUCACCUGUGUUCCCCACCCGACGUUCCCUGCACCUCGGGAUUAUUGUGGGAUCCAGUGAAUUGUGUGUGCGUUCCUGCAAAUACCAUCAACUACUCGGAGAGAGACACAGAUGUGAUGGACUCAAGUCUGCUGGCUCUCUGUGGGCCAAAGCGAGUUCUGCAGGAAUCCACCUGCGAGUGCGUGUGUAGAAACGGACUCACCGAGGACAGCUGCGAUCCAGGCUGGAAACUGGACCGCAACACCUGUGAAUGUCAGUGCGAAGGUCAAGGUGAAGGGAAGUGGUGCCCCGCCGGCCAGCGGUGGGAUGGAGACCUGUGUGGCUGUGUGUGCGCCGCAGAUUGUCCCGGGAACCAGCCGCUGAACCCCGACACCUGCCUGUGUCAGUGCAGAGAGAGUCCAGAGUCGUGUCUGCGGCAGGGCAAGAGGUUCAAGCCCAACACCUGCAGUUGCUACAGGUUGCCAUGCAGGAAUCCCAGACGCACAUGCUCGGCUGGGUUUUACUACAGUCACCAAGUUUGCCAGUGCAUCCCCAACUACAUGAGGCCCGAGUGGAAUUAACCAAUCACGGCCGAGCGGGACCGCAGACAUUUAUUGCCCUUUUGACCUGAGGCUUGGCCUGAAAACAAAGGCGCAAUAGAGCAGAAGUGGCUCAAGAAAGGAGGACAGGAAGGAGCAGCCACACAUUCCCGUGUGUGUAUUGGAUUACAGCAGAUUACAAGUGGCACUUUUCCGGGGUUUUUUUCAGUGCGCUGCCUGUGCUUUGACACGCCUCCGAAAACAAACUCAGUGCAACAAAAGAGAACGGGAGUGUUUUCGAAUGAAAAAAACGUGAGAUACUUGACUCUCCGUCUGUCAGCUGGCCUUCUUCCGUCUGUCAGCUGGCCUUCUUCCUGUCACUUACAACACCAUCUUCACUGGAGUCACACUUGACUAACAGCCCAACAGCGAGAGCAGGACGGGACCAGUAAGACUCAGCAUCCGCCUCAACAGCGCUGCGACGUGUUGGAGCAAGAAACACAACCAGAACGUGCCGCAGACGCCCUGUUUACAAAGCCUGUGAAAUGAAAAGUGGAAUGGGAUAAUAAUAGGCCCAGUUCCCUUGAAGUACUGAGAUGAAUUAUCUGUAGGAGAGGCUGAAGGAUUUAUUUUUGCAGAAUUCUUCAAAAAAAAGUGAUGUCACCGCGGCCUAAUGUUCACUCUUUUUGGAAAACAAAUGUUCAAAGAAAUCACAUUUUUCCACUAAUAUUAGUGAGCAUGGAGGGAAUCCCAUAAUAAAAUGGUGUUUCACAUCAAAGUCUUAGCUGGAGGGGCUUUACUAUAUAUAUUUUACAGGCAAGUCAAUGUUAAACACCAAAGUCUGUUUGAUUCAAUGCUAAUUUAAACCCUUCCCACAGAUUUUUUUGUAUUCCAGUUUCUACUUGCCUCUACUGCAGUGCUGCUCUUUUCCUCCACACAUGGCUCAAUCCAAUAAUCACAGUGGACCUUCAACACUCGGGUGCAGUUUUAGGUUGUCUGCUAAUUUAACUGUAAUAUAUACAUCUUUAUAUAUUUUUGUACAUAUUUAAUAAAUCUUUUUUUCAUAUUUAAAACAGUGAUUAUUGUAAGGAUGGAAUUGUGUAGUCGUAAAAAUGCAGUAUUUAAGUCACUAGCCACUAAAUAAUGUUCUGGAAUCAAAGUCAUUUCCAUGUCGUAUACUCUUGGUUUAAUUAUAAUGGAGAUAGUGAUUUUAUUUUUAAUGGUCAAAUUUUGCCAGCACUGUAAACUAAAUCAUUUAGACACCUUAGCUUGAUAUCUUUUAAUCUACUGGUUCAAAAAUACACAAAAUAUUAAAAUGAAGAUUUACUGCAGUUUAGAGAUGAUGCGAUCCUGAUGUACAACCAAAUUCUUUGAACGUCAUUGCUCUGAUUAAAUAUUUAAAGUAG